AUGGAUCAGUGCCAGAUUGAUGGUAUAGAGGAACUCAAGAUUGUUAAUGAUGUUCAUCUUGAGACUACUAAUAAUAAUAUGAAAUCAAUCAAACACAUAAAUAUUAAAAAGAACACUUCAGAAUCCGAUCAUCGUACUCCUAAACGUAAAAGUGAUAUUUCUAACUCAAAUAUUUUGAAGAAAAAAAAAAAAUAUGAGACUGCUUUGGCUGCAAUUUUUCCUGAAAAUGACCAAUCAUACUCACAAUAUGCUCAAGAUUAUGCUGAGGGAUAUAUGAAAAAAAUGCGAGAAAGAUUAGAUACAGAAUCAUUUGAUCUAGCCAUAAAACUUUUAGCAUCUUUUGGGGACGCCGAUGAUAGCAAUAUUAAUCUUUUAUACGAACAAAUAACAGAAGUAUUAACGGAUAAAAACGAUGAUUUAAUCUAUGAAUUUUUAGGAUUUUUACUUCCAGGACAAGCUUUAUCAAUUGGGAAGUUCACAGAUUAUCUAGAAUUAACUAGAAUAAAAGAAUUUAUUAGAAAAUUACAAGUUUGCAUGAAAAAACAACCAACUCAAGUCCGUAAAAUAUUAAACAAUUUGUUUCAUUUAUCAAAAAGUGAAAAUAUUACUCCAUUUGAAGUACAUACAGCUAUGCUUCCUUUAUUAAAAAGUAAUCCAAUUUUAGUUGAUUGUUUUUUUCAAUUAAUUCCAACAGAACAUCCUCCUGAAAGCUUUUUUUCUGACGAUAAUUGGGAAGAUUUGGAUAUUGAUCAAAGUAUUAACUGUGGAAUAGAUUAUGAAGAAAUAAUUCCAUCAGAUUCAGAAGAUCAUACACAAUUAAAUAUAUGCCAUUGUAUGUGUCAUAAACCUGGAGAUAAUACACAUUGUAGAUCCUGUGGACUAAAAUUUUUUAAAGGUCGUAUCUAUUUUGAUACUCUAGAAGGAUUGAAAUUAGCAAAAAUAAAUUUUGAAGGAGCUGACUCAUCUAUUGUACAGUCUAAAAUUGAUAAAACAAAAGAAAAUACUACAGUCAAGCAAAAAAAUAGAAAGAGUUUGAUUAAAAAUAGUUCUCCUGGCUCAGCAGAAGAUAUUAAAGGCAGCACAGGAACAGAAUCUGAAGAAGAUUUGAUUGAUGUGAAACCAAAAAAACGACAAAAAUCAAAGGUAGUGCAGUCUUUAAAGCUUAAGUAUAAAAAAUAUGAAAAUCCUAAAUGUAAAGAUGAGCAAGAACCGUGUGUUGAAACAGGAAAAUCUAUUGUUCAUGUUACUAAUGAAGAAUUAAAAAGCAGUGAAAUGGUAUUUUUUUGUAUUCCUAAAGCAGAAUCUAGUGUCAAAAUUAUACCCAAAAAGAAAUUAAAAGUUGACAUUAAAGAAAAUGCUAUACUAAAGGAUUAUGAGAUUAUAAAUCAAAUCAAGUCUGAAAGUUUAGAUGAUUUAAAUUCUGAUGUAUUUGAAAAAAGUAUGGAAAUUAAAUCUGAGGUCGGUUCGGAUAAAAAUUAUAUUAUUGAUGAAUCAAAAGAAAUCAAAAAAGAAUUAAAUUUUUCACCUUCACCUGUGACUAUUAAUAAUGUACCCGAUGUAGACAUUAAAUGUGAGCAAUACCAAAUACCAAACCAAAUCAAAGUAAACUUUCCCAACAAUAUUACUAACAGUGAUCUUUCUGAAAAUUGUACCCAAUCGGCUGAUAAAAUAUACCAGAAAGGUUUAGAAGAAUCAAAUAACCUUCAUAUUAAAAAAGAGUUUGAUGAAGACUUGGACAUCAGUAACCUUAGCAAUGAGAAACAAUGUGGUGAUCAAAAUAUCUCAACUAAGUUAACAGACUGUAAAUUGUUUGCUACUACAACAUCUGAUAUCAAUACAACGUUACUACAUGAAAAUAUAACAAUAAAAAGUGAAGCUAUUGAUAAUUUAUCUGAAUGUUAUGUAAAUGUAAGUGACAAACGAGACAAUAAUGAAACUGAAAAACAUUUGAUAAACAAAUGGACAAUAGAUGAAGAUAAAAUUAUACUACAAACUUGUAAAAGAGUUGAAGACAUUGAAGUAUUAUUGGAGACAAUCAAUAGGCGAAUACCACAGAGAUCAGUAUCUGAGAUACAAGAAAGGUUUACAACAUUGAUGACUUUACUUGAACAGAUGAUUGAAGUAAAACAAAAUUAG